AUGGGUUCAAGAGCAGAUGAAACCGAUGUGGUCAGAAGAAACAGCAGAAACCCAACAGGGACUAAGAAGUACGUGCAGGCCCGUGACCUGACCCCGGACUCGAACACAAGCCACGAGGAACUGUACGUGGAGAGCGCAGAGGAACCCGAGGCCGAGGAGGAGGACGAGGAGGAGGCCUGUUCGAGGGUGGAGGAGGUGAAGGUGGAGGUGGAGGAAGAGGAGGAGGGACAAGAGGAAGAGGAGGAGGAGGAGGAGAAGGUGCAGGAGGAACAGGAGGAGAAGCACGAGGAGGAGCAGCAGGAGAAGGAGCUGAAGGAUGAGUUGGUGGUUCCUUUCAAGAAGUCUGAGGAAGUGUCAACUUUGCGAAAAACCGUGAGCAGUUUGCAGUCGCAUUUAGUGGACAAUGACACCCUGGAAGAGUGGGUUGAGCGCUACAAUGCCUCAGCGCAGGGAUUGCAGAUAGCCAAGGAGAGUGAUGGAAGUUACCGUGGCUGUGUCCGAGUUCACCUCAACCUCAGCCGACCGAUCAACAUUGUCGCUGGCACAAGACCGCCAUCUAUCUAUGACAUCCUCCAGGAAGACCGAACAAUGGAGAAGACUUUGACCUCAUUCUACAUGCCCAGGGAUGCAGUAAAGGCUAUUCAUAUCACAAGUAAAACUACAACAAGAGAAGUGAUUGUAGCACUACUGAGAAAGUUCAAAGUUGUUGACAAUCCACAAAAGUUUGCCCUUUAUGAGCGGAAUAUUGACUCAACACAGUCAGGAAAAGCAAGGCUUCGGAGGCUGGGGGAUGGUGAGUGCCCGCUAGUCCUGGCACUUAACUGGAGUGCCGGAGGCCUGACCAACAAGCGCCUAGUCUUGCAGGAGAAUGACACUGCAGACAUACAG